UUCACAUUCUCAUUUACAUAUAAGUGAAUUUAAAAUAAUAAUUUUUCUAACCUUACAUGAUACAAAUGUAAGGAACGUAGCCGAUAUUAGAAAGGCUCAUAUGCACCGAAGAAACCAUGGAGAAAUUAUCACCGAAAGAGUUUUUCGCGGCGUAUAAGAGGUGGGUGAUAAGUAAUCCUAAUUUGGUUACCGACGUCGAGACAGUGGCUACAUGGUCCUCAUACUUCGUCGCCGGGAAGAUAAAUAAGUCACCUAUAGUCUCCGAACUCGUGUAUUCUCUGUCUAAGCUGCUUUCUUUGUUCAACGACAAAUUAAUACGAGAGGCGUACGGCUCGGAAGCGCAGUUCUACAGUCUUAGGGAGCAGAUUAAGCUAUGGCUGACCAUUAUACAUUACUCUGAGGUUUUUGUGGAGCUCGUGAUCAAGAACAGAUGGGGGAGCAAGGGGAAAUGGACGAUCGCUACGCUACUUCAGCUUUUCAAGUGUUCUUCCGCUAUGAUACUUCUCUUAAGGUUCAAGGAGCUUCCUAUUCAGCACCCGCCUGUGGCUGCGCUUCAAAGGAAGAAGUUUACAGAAGAUAAAACAAGUGAAGAAGGUGAGGGCUCAUUUUUCACUUUAAAACGUUCGGGAAGGGUGAUAAGACGCGUUGACGGCGCUCCGCCGGUCGCCUUCAGAGAUUGGCAGCCAGUGAAACUAAAAGACGAUAACAGCCUUCCAGUUAACGUUAAGGACUUGGUGUAUGCUGAAUCUCUGCAUAUACUCAAGCCGCUGAUUCAUUUAGCGGCUAUGAGAGUGUUUGGAACUAAAGCUUGGCGGCAGUGGCUCGUAUCGCUAGGCAUUGACUUAGCUAGCUUGAAGCUGUAUAACCGUCACAUGAAAGACUUAACGACUGAGCAGAGGCUGGAGAUUAGCCGCAGGAAACUCGGUCUUGUACUAUAUUUAUUACGUAGCCCGAUGUACAAUGGGUAUUCAAAGAACGUAAUAGAAAGUGUUUUGACGUCGGCGUCAAACAAGAUUCCCUUGAUGGCGUUUAUCUGCGGUCCAGUCAUACAGUAUCUUAGCCACUGGCAAGAUAUAUAUUUCUACAUGUGGGCUUCAUAAAUAUCACUUUUUACACAUAGUUUGGGUACGGUAACAGCUGUCACCUCAAUACAUUGCUGAAUUUGGUUUUCAAAGUUAAUUGUAUGAAGAUUAUAGCUGUCGCCAUACCCAAGCUAUGGGAUAUUUAGAGGAGUAAAAACAUACUACCAAAGCGUAGUAGUAAUUGGGUGACAUGGUUGUCUACCUGCCUAUUUAUGUGUCAUUCUCAGGUAAAAGAUUCCACUGUUGGCUAUGAAUGAGGGCCGGUAGAGAUGGACUGCAACCCAACUGUAACUUGUAUGGGAACUGCCCAGGUAGCAGUGACGUCAUCAUGACGUAAUUAUGGCUUGAUAAUGACGUUCGCUGACGUCAUUAUGACGUAUAAAUGCUGUUAGGGUACACACCGACGUUGCAGUUGGCGUGGAGUUCCCAUACAAAUUGUAGCCGGUUAGCAGUCUCUGUAUCAGCCCUUUGACAAGGAGAAACAAUUAGACACUAUCAUUAUUAAUUAUCAACACAACAGUGCCUUUUGCAUGACGCAAUCGCAAUGUUUUAAUGAAACUAAGUGCUAAAUUAAAAUAAGGUAUAGAGUCAAAACAUUGUUUAAGCUUUAAGUUAAAUUCUUAUUAGUAUAACAAUGAUGACAAAGUAACAAACAUUGUGACGUCAAAAUUUACUGUUAGUUUCUGUUGUGCUAAUGACUAGUGGGAAAAAUAAACUUUUUAUGUAGGCAAGGGCAAUAGGUAUUUGUUUUACAAUGGGGAAAAGUUUGUUUUAAUAAUAUAGCUUCCGUGAGGCACUGACAUAUUAAUUAUACAGGAUGUCCUUAGCCAUUGGACAAAACCGAAAUGUACAUAUGCAUUAGGGUAUUUAGAAUCAGUAUACAAAGUAUCAUAACAACCGGUGUAGCGGUUACGAAGAAAUUAACAAAUUACCAUUUUUUACUUUGGAGCAGCCUGUAUGUGUUAGUAGCUC